UCGGCGUUGGGCCGAGGUCAAGUCUCCACAUCCCCGCACAAGCGGAUGCCGGCGACGCGGUGCGCCACUCCGGCGUCACCUCUGCCGCACAAUGUGUGUUGUUGUGUAUAUAUGAAAGCAAGACGCCCAACUGCUCGUCAAGUCGAUGCCAGACAGAUAUCAGUAGCGCACUCGCUCUCAUUGUACGGAAUAAUAACCGUCGAAAUACAUCACACACAUAUCACACACAUCUUCGCUUACUCGAGUACCCACCACAAUGCCGUACUCGCUCACCGUGAAGAAAAUUGACGGCAAGCCCGGCCAGGUCUACUACCCCCUCCAACUUAACGAGGUCCCCAAACCGACCCCCGGCCCGGGCCAAGUGCUGGUCAAGCUCGCCGCCGCCGCGCUCAACCACCGCGACCUGUUCAUCCGCCAGCACCUGUACCCGGGCAUCUCCUUCGCGCACCCGCUGCUGGCCGACGGCUACGGCACCGUGGUCCAGCUCGGCCCGGGCUGCUCGGCCGCCGCGCGCGCCACGCUGCUCGACCAGCCGGUGCUGCUGGUGCCGACGCGCGGGUGGGACGCGGCGCCGGACGGGCCCGAGGACCAGGCCAAGCGCUUCUGCAUCAUCGGCGCCUCGGCCGGCUGCGAAGUCGGCACCGCGCAGGAGUGGGCCGUCGUCGACGAGGGCGACGUCGUCCGCGCCCCCGAGCAUCUGACGCCGGCGGAGGGCGCGGCGCUGCCGCUCGUCGGCGUGACUGGGUGGCGGGCGCUGGUCAGCAAGAGCGGCAAUGCCGAGCCGGGAAGGAAUCUGCUCGUCACCGGCAUCGGCGGCGGCGUGGCGCUGCAGGUGCUGCAGUUUGCCGUCGCUAGGGGGUGCAACGUGUUCGUCACCAGCGGGGACGACGGGAAGAUCGAGCGGGCCAAGGGCAUGGGCGCGGCUGGCGGGGUGAAUUACAAGCGCGACGGGUGGGAGAAGGCGCUGGGCGGGCUGCUGCCGGCCGAGCGGCCGUACCUGGACGCGGUGAUCGACGGGGCCGGCGGCGACGUGGUGGGCAAGACGGUGAAGCUGCUCAAGCCGGGCGGCGUGAUCGUGAGCUACGGCAUGACGGUCGGGCCCAAGAUGGACUGGCUGAUGCAGGCGACGCUGAAGCAAGUCGAGCUCAGGGGCUCCACCAUGGGGUCCAAGGCCGAGUUCCGCGACAUGGUCGAGUUUGUGCGCGAGCACAAGAUCCGGCCCGUCGUCAGCCGCGUCGUCAAGGGGCUGGACAACAUCGAGGCCAUCGACGGGCUGUUUGACGACAUGAAGGCUGGGAAGCAGUUUGGCAAGCUGGUUAUCCAGAUCGACCCCGAGGCGGACUCGUCAUCGAAGUUGUAGGGGGGAGGCAGGCAGUGUACGGGGUUCAAGGGCAGGGGUCUGAUUAUGUGCUGAGUGCUGCGUCCUGUUCUUCGUGACGGCCAAGAGUGCGCAUGCGCUAUGUCAGGUAGAGACGAGCCAAGCACGAGCAGAAUAUCUGGACUGUGGAGAUGGCCCGGGACUGAUGCGAACCACUCCCGGCAGGCUUGGACGAGGAGUUCCCAGUCUUGGAUG